CGUGGAGAGCAGACACGUGUUGGUAUCUCUGAGAGCUCAGUCCGCGCAGACAUCGCCAUGAGGCCAGGUUUCAGCCCUAGAAGUGGCCGCGGAGGUUUUGGCGAUCGUGGUGGAAGAGUUGGAUUUCGUGGUGGAAGAGGGGGAUUUGUCGGCCCUAGUGAUCGUGGCGGUCAAGGUGGCAGGGGUGGGUUCAGAGGAAGAGGGGGUCCCCGUGGCGGAGGAAAGAAAGUCAUUGUUGAGCCUCACCGACAUGAAGGUGUCUUUAUCUCCCGAGGGAAGGAAGAUGCUCUGGUGACUAGAAACCUAGUUCCCGGUGAGUCUGUAUAUGGAGAGAAGCGAAUAUCUGUUGAGGAAGGAGAAACUAAAAUAGAGUACAGAGCAUGGAACCCUUUCCGAUCGAAGCUUGCUGCUGCCAUUUUGGGUGGAAUUGAUCAAAUCCACAUAAAACCUGGCUCUAAAGUCUUGUAUCUUGGAGCUGCUUCCGGCACCACAGUGUCUCGUGUUUCUGACUUGGUUGGUUCAGAAGGAUUGGUUUAUGCCGUAGAGUUCUCUCACAGAUCCGGCCAUGAUCUCAUUAAUGUGGCAAAGAAACGUACAAACAUCAUUCCUGUCAUUGAAGACGCCAGGCAUCCUCACAAAUACUGCAUGUUAAUAGGUAUGGUAGAUGUCGUUUUUGCAGACGUAGCUCAGCCGGAUCAGACUCGGAUAGUGGCGCUCAAUGCUCACAAUUUCCUGAAGAAUGGUGGCCAUUUUGUCAUAUCUAUUAAGGCAAAUUGUAUUGACUCCACCGCGGCUCCAGAGGCUGUUUUUGCUUCUGAAGUAAAGAAAAUGCAACAAGAAAAUAUGAAACCACAAGAACAACUGACCUUGGAGCCAUAUGAGAGAGACCACGCAGUGGUGGUUGGUAUUUACAGACCACCGCCUAAACAGAAGAAAUGAGCAGACGAUGGAAUGACUUUAGGACUAUGACAAAAUGCAUUUGGCUCAACAGACAAACAGAAAUUCCUUUUGUAUGCUUACAAAGACUUUG